AUGCCUCUGCUCCGGCAGCGCAUCCAGCACAUCGACCUCUUUGACCAGCCUUGGGAGCUGUUUUGCGAGCAAUGCGCCGAGGAGUUUUGCGGCGUCUGCUUUGCCGCUAUUCACGCCUCUGGAAGCCGGAAGGAGCACAUCACCCACGAUAUGGAGAGACUGACCCGUGGCGGGCACGUGUCGGGGGUGGUGCUGCCCAUGUCGCUCGAGGUCGCGAGCCAGAGCGAGGCACAGGAGGAUGAUGAUGAGCGCCGGUCGCGGUCGCCGACACCCAUGGCUAUUGCCUCGCCACAGGACGGCGAGAUGCCAAGCGCGCCCACGCCCGAGCUGCGCAUGCUGCCAGUGCUUGACGGUCGCAAGUUGAAGCAUCGUGCGGCGUUCAUUCCGCUCCGCCUUACUCGCGACGAGCGUGAGGUGCUCGCGCUGAUGGAGGCCGCGCUGGAGAUCUCAGAGUACACCGACAAGGUCGACGUCCUCACUUACCGGUCCAAGAUUCCGAUCAUGACCCAGCAGCUCGACGAGUUCCUUGACACUGUGGCCGGCCUUGUGGUGACCACUGACCUCAACAAGGGCAAGAAGCUGGUGAAGGGCGACCACGGGAAGAAUGCGGGCCUGUACGCCACCAUGUUUGAGGUUGUCCGCCGGCAAAAGGUACUCAAUCCGGACAAGCUGCGGACAUCGUACGGCAAGCUCAUGUACAUGCUCAUGGACUCGGAGGCGAUUCGCGAGGACAUGGGCAUCCACGAGCCGUUGGUCGCGCCGAUACAGACGGUGUACAGCAUGCUCUCUGAUCGCGGGCCGCGCGCGCUCGCCCUCCUCGACGACCCGUACCUGCCCACCGCCACCGCCGAGGUCUCGCUACUGGGCCGAUCGCGCGCCGAGCUUGACGACGACCUCAACGCCAAGCGGGCGGCGCGGAGCUACCUCAUCCGCGAGUACAGCGGAAGCUCCGACGACGAGCUCACUGCCGACGAGGUCGAGCGGGUCAUCCUCUCCAUAUCAGACGCCAACGCGUUUCUGGACCACGCCCGCGGAUGCGUCGAGGCCAUCACCGAGCUCCUUAAUGAGCACUUUUCGCCCGAGGAGGACGAUGCCUGGUCACUCGCCAUCCGAGCUGGCGUGGGUGGCGCUCGGCUGUCGCACUCGCACGCCACCCAGUUUGAGUAUGUCUCUCAGACCUUUGAGCUUUGGGGCGCCAUCCAGUACAACUUUUACGAGCUCGCCAUGGCCUGCGACGCCGACCUGAUCGGCGGUGGCGGCGCCGCGCAGAAGGGCGGCGGGAGCUUCUACGGCCUCGGCGGGCGCAACUACCGACUCCGCGACACCGGCCAGGGCCUACAGCGCAUGAUGUCCGCGCCCAAGGGCGCAGGCACACUCUCGCGCAUCCUCGGCUCGGUCCAGGCCAAGUUUGGCCGCUGGAUUGGCUCGUCCGCCAUCCACUCGGGCGACGUCAACGUGCCCAACGCGCUCGUCAUCAUCGACAAGUACGUUCAGGUCCCGCGCAUCCUCUGGCCCGUCGUCAACUGCGUUCGCGCAAUCCCCUCCAUGUCGCCGUGCAUGCUCGACAUUGUCGGCGGCUCGGAACGCGCCAUCAAGUUUGUUCUGAGGAACUUCUUCUGCUACGGCUUUGAUGGUUCUGGCGCCAACAACUGGUCGUCCGCCGGCUCGUGCAUCGACGGCCGCCUCACCUCGACAUGGAACUGGUGCUCGCACAUCGAGAAGAAAUCAUUCUUUCCGCUCUUUCUCCUCGCCGGCUUUGUCGGCUUUGAUGGCAAGUUCUAGUUCCAUGACACAAGCAAACACGCCGCCCC